AUGCAUUUGCCUUGGGUUUUCCGCAGCUUGCUAACAGUUGUGACUCUAACAGGUAAUCUACUACAUUCAACUACUCUUCCACAAAUUUGUUGAAAUUACCAAUUUGAUGCAAUGUGAAAUCCAUAUUUUGCUGUCAGUUGUUUUUGAAGUGCAACCGAACCAAAUUAGAGUGACGGCGCUUUGAAAUAAUUGAUAAUGAAGGAACUAACGUACAGCUUGAAAAUGUGAAUCAAAUUCUACUAAAGGACUAACUACAAGGAACAGUUUUUUUCUGUAUCAUCUCAACAGAUAACUCACCUAAGUCAAGUUCAACAACUAGCGCAUUUACGUUUUUCUCCGAGAAAAUGCAAGGACAUUUGAAAGAGUUUCCAUCUGUGAAAUCUUUCUUUCUCUUUCUUUAUUUUCAAUCGAUCUUUGAUGCAAAGUUUUUGUGUAGGUAACAAAAAUUAAUAUGAAAAAGAUCCAUGAAAAUUGUUUAUUUUUCCAGAAGGCCCUUGUUUCUGAAAGGCAUAGAUUUAAGGUUUUAUGAAGGUAAAAAACAUAUCUGUGAGCAAAAAUCGUGACAUUUUCCAUUUUUCAGAAGGCCUUUGAUUUUGAACAAAACAAAUGUAAAGUUACUUUAGGCUCGUCCAUCAAACAAAAGGUGAAAAUCUUUGUUGGGUUACAGCUAAACAAGCUGCUUUGUAUAAUAGCUUUACAUAGGUCUUUUUAUCCAUUAUUGACUGCCAUUCGCAUUGUAGAAAACUGGUUAUCCAUUUAUUGUUACGAUAAAUGCUUUGUUCGAGCUUUGAAUUGGUUGCUUUCCAAUUUUUUUCACCCACUGGCGCUAAAGUAGAUGAUUUGAUAAGGGUCAAGUCUGCGAUUUCGGAAUUUUUUUUCUUCCCGAGCAACCCGUUUGUGCUAAUAGAUUAACGUUGCAUCGAAUGCGAAACAGGUUGAAGCACAACGUAUCUUUUCGUUCCUCAAUGAAAGCGCCCUCUGGGAAGAUUUUCGCCCACCCUUUUUUAAGUAGAUGCGGAAGUCUCGUUAUUAUUUUUUUUCUCUAGUUAAGUGCAAACACGCAAUGUAAACCUCACUGUCGUGCACAUAAGUAUUAACUUAAAGGAAAUUUACCUACCAGUCCUCGGAUAUUUUUUCUUUUCAUCCCCAAUUUUGACCUUAAAAUCAAGGAGUUUUUUUUUUUACCCUUGAUUAAAAUAUUAAAAAUUCAAAAAGCACACCUUUAAUAGAUAAAUCAUUUCCUUUCCAUAGUGUCCCAAGCUCGAUCGUUUGACGAAACAUCCGAUCCCAGUCCUCCAACGUUGUUUACAUUUCUCCUUCCUUAAUUGACAGUUUUACCUGAUGUCAUAUCAAACUUGUUUCACUCGGCGCCAACUGAUCUUAAUUUUCUUUCGAACGGAGUGCACUCGCUGUUACUUUUAGAAGGAAAAGCUUUUGCCUCAAGCAGAAAAUAAUACGGUAGAAUUUAUGUCCGUGGCAUAAAUAUGACUCAUAGAGAGGCCUAAAGCAAAUUUAUGCCUAAGAACAUAAACUGUUUUACUAUCAUUAUCACUUUGGAGGGCGUUAAGAAAAUUAAAUCUCAAAAAAUACAACAAAACAGUCUGAACGAAAAAAUACAUUUCAAGCCCGCCAAAAGUCUCCGUUUUGGUCCGCAAAGUACGCCUCAACUAAAGGCAAAAUCUCUUCGUUCGUUAAAGCCUCGCUUCUUCCCUUUUGUUCACGCCAUGAUUUCUUCUUCUUUGUAUCAUGAAAAUUUUUUUUUUUCGAAUUGAUAUUUGGAGGGAAAGAGGGUUGAACAGUUGAUCACAAAGGGAAGAAUAAUCAAACUGUUACUGCUGAUCGUAGGAAACUGUGUAAAAUACCUAAAACUGAUUGACACAUUUCUUUGCUUUCUUCUCUCGCAGUGUGCAGCAAAGGAUUCGUUGAAAUAGGUUAGUUAUCGAAAGUAAUGGACCUUACUUGUGGUGUUUGUUGAAAAUUUUCUGGGUGAAAAAUCUCAUUCCCAGGGUCUCUCCUUUCUUCCCCUCUCUCGCUCAAGGGUUCGCAGGACGACGAGAAAAGGAAGGGAACAUGGGAACGAGGUGGUUGUAUCGGCAUUCCAUCUAAGCUAAAGAAAAUUACUUCGACUCCAUUCGUGCGACAGAAACGACACGAGCGGCUCCAGCAUUAUAAGUACCUAUAUGCCCAAUUGGUGUCUUCUAACUAGAAACUUUGAAAGGACUUUAAAAGGCCGAAAAAAUAUUAAGACUUUGAAAGAACUUUAAGAGAGUAACGAAAGUUUAAGGGUUUUAAAGUACUUAGAAACACUAGAAGAGACUCAUGAUUUAUCGCCCGUGGGGAGGGAGGAGAUUAAAUAUACUUGAUCCCCCCUAUAUGGCUCUGCCAUAUUUUCAUGAUCUCCCCUUUUUUUGACACUCAAUUGGCAGUCAGUUUUCUCCAGUCCCCCCUUUUUACUCUCUUGUCAACGACCGAUCCUCUCCUCAUUCCCCCUGAAAACCAUGUGACUCCCCCCCCCCCAAAAAAAAAAAUUCCUCCCCUCCGGGCCACAAAUAAUGACUUUCCCUAAGGAUAUCUACUUCAUUAUCACGUUGCAGAAAAUCGAGUUCGCCUGAUCACUACAGAGGAGGACAUAGGGGGAGGACGUAUCGAGGUGUACCAUGAUGGCCAGUGGGGGACAAUUUGUGAUGAGAAUUGGUCACAUGACGCCGCUGAUGUGGUCUGCAAGGAACUGGGGUUCAGUGGAGCGUUAUUCGCAACUAAAAAAGCAUAUAAUGACUCAGAGGGUUCUGGUCCGGUAAGAGGGUUUUUUUUUACUUUUUAUCUCACUUAAUACUAGUAAUAUUCAAAGAGUGGUAAAGUGUUUGAUCUCUAAUAAAAGUUGUUUUAUUGUACUGAUUGCGCAGAAAAAAAAUCCGUGUCUUCAGCUUAAGGCGGCCAAGAAUGCAUUUGUACAUGAGAUCGAGACUAUUUGUGCCACAUAGCCCGUCAGCCAGCCAGCAAGUCCGCCAGCCAAAAAGAAUGAUUUCCGUAAAAACGACACGAGUAGCAUGCGUUCUACUUCGUCGAACGCAAUUAUCUUGUUUUUUCUUUUUUCUUAAUUUCUAUCACAAUAUGACCAGCUUUACUAGGCACAGAAACGAAAUGAAAGCUAUUCAAAAAGGCAGUCUUGACUCAGAUAAUGACAUAUUUUUGUAUUAACUAAAACAGCAGCUUUUUGUGACAUGCGUUUUGUGGUUUUCCGUUAGCGGCCGAUUACUCAAUUUUUUUUUUUUUUCCAAAACGGCAUGGAGUAAAGCCGAGUUUUUCCUUUUUUUCCUUAACACAUUUGAAUUUUACAACAGUUGGAAUACUCCUUGGGAUCUAUAACGUGGUAACUCUACUUUUUCAUUAACAACUUUUAAUCGUGGGGAUCGAAUUUAGAUGAUUUCUGGAGCAUGAUUCGCCUUAAAGCGCACGCAAAAUCACCCACUAAGUAGUUGCUUAUUCCCUAACAGUGGCUGACUGAUGCACUUGCAAUCCUGCACCGGAACGUCCACAACUUGUGUGUUAUGUCGUGUAUCCAAUCCCAAUGCCUAGGGUUAGAGUAAGGGUUAGUUACCCAGCUAAAAGCGAAAUUCAUCCUCAUCGCUUUUUGCGUACUUUUGUAUCAGAUCCACUUGUCAAAUGUGGUGUGCGAGGGCUCGGAGCAGUCCAUCCUGGAAUGUUCAAAUGACGGCUGGGGUGUGGUCGGUAAAUGUACUCAUAAAGACGACGCUGGAGUAAGGUGUAUCGACCCGGGUAUGUUUAUGAAUCACAACAAAUCUCCUCUAUAACUUUUCAGUAAUCAGGCUACCGAAACAAACUAUGAAAAAAAGAUUAAUUUUUCCAAACGAACAUGAAUUAAUCAUGAAUAACUUCCUGAGCAUACAAAGACCAGCCAUAACUCUAACUGAGAGAGUGAAGUCAACGAAUUUAAACAGAACCGUUGAGAAAAAAUAAGGUAUAAGGUAGUUUUAAUAUGGCCUGCUUUAGCUAGAGUCUGCAAAAUAACAAUAAAAACAUCCACUUAGCUUCCUUGACAGAUUGCCCUUCUUAUUCAAAGUCCUACUAAUGUAAGUAUAGAUUUUUGCAACACUUAACUGAGAUGCCCUUUCUUUCUAUUGGAAGGCGUUCGUUCAAGCUAAACUCGUAAACUCAAUAAAGGACGAAGAAUAACAAACUGUAUUGAAGCUGAAAUCGAAAAUGAGCAUCGCUUCACGCCCUAUUAACUAUUUCUCCUGUUUGGUUUGUAUGCUUAAUUUUUGUAAGAAAUCCCUGAGUUGGUGUAUAGCGGCUGCUGGAUUGACGACCCAGGAAACAGGAUUUUGCCAGACUUUUACUCAAACCAUCGAGGUAAAAUCGACUGGCAUAACCUUGGGGAAAAUGUUUUACUGUGUGCAAGGGACGCCAUCUCUAGUGGCAAAGACUUCAACCUAUUUGGUGUACAAUAUUUCGCCGAGUGCUAUUCGCAACAAGGUCAUCCUGACUACAAGAAAAUGAGAGCUGCAAAAAGUGGCUGCGAAUUCGGUAAUAAAAUUUGUUACUGACUGAUGAUUAUGUGAGCGACUAACUGAUUAACUGACCAUGAUUUCAAUGGGCUGAUUGUCUAGCUGACUGAUCAACCAAAACCUAUUAGUAUUGGUGAUAUGUAUCUUUACCUCACCCUACACUCCAAAAGGAUGGUAUUUGUUUGGUUACAAUAAGGUGAGAAAAAAAAUUGUAGUGACAUUGCGACAAUGAUGACAACUGACUGGUUAUCUUACUGAAAGACUAGCCAACUGAUGGAUUGACUGACUUGCUGAUGGACUGACUGACUAACUGGUCUGAAUGUCUCACUGGCUGCGGACUGAAAAGACUGAUUGACUGAAAGACUGAUUGACUAACUGGCUGACGUACUGACUAACUGGCUGACGUACUGACUAACUGGCUGACGUACUGACUAACUGGCUGACGUACUGACUAACUGGCUGACGUACUGACUACUGACUGACUAACUGACUAAUUGACUGACUGACUGGCUAACCGACUUAUUGACUGACUGACUUAUUGACUGACCGACCGAUUGACCGGCCGGGCGACUCACUAAACGACCGAGUGAUUGAUUUACUGGCUGACUGACAUACGAAAUGACUGACUGGCUGACUUACUAACUGAUUGACUGGCUGACUGACUUAUUGACUGACUGGUUGACCAACUUAAUAACCGACUGGCUGACUGACUAAUUGACCGACUGACCUACUGACUGAUUGACUGACCAGAUUGAUCAGUAUGAUUGAUUACCUGACAGUCUGAGUAUCUUAAUCUUGACUGUUGACUCUCUAACUCUUUGAUAGGUGUGGGCAAAUUGUCACACAAUGCUGUUUAUGAAUUUGGGCCGUACCAUAAUUUGGGUUGCUGGGAAGACAGACCUGGAGGUGGACGAACUAUGAAGUGGCUAAAAAAUCUUCGUAGAGAAAUCGACUGGUAUGACAUGAGCAAAACAGGUUUGUGUUUUAAAAACUUUAUAUCAAAUUAUCAAGGUUAGAGUUUCUCUCCAGUCACAAAGUAACUUAAGAGCAAAGUCCCUAUGAGCAAUCGACCCAUAACUUCGUCACCCACAUUUUAAAGCGAGUAAAUUUUGUAAGUAUUUUUGCCAUAAUACAUCCAAAAAUAAUAAGAACUUCUGGACGGUUAAUGAAUGAAUUUACCACGUUCUAAGUGUGAAUAUUUUUUUCGUUCUAUGCAAAAUUUUUUCUUUCAUCACAAUUCUUAUUAAAUUUCGCCAGUUACCCCUCUCCUUCCCUACACUAGCCUGUAGAGCAGGCGUAAUUUUUUCAGUAUUUUGUAAAAUAAAGCUGUUAUCACUGAUUUUUACGGCAGCGCGCGGCAUACCUGGUCGGAUAAACGAUCGCGAGCUUGUAACGUCAAUUUGAGCCAAAAAGACACCUGCCUGUCACGCUAUCCCUUUUCCCCUUUCCUGGACCUUUCAUCAAAUGUCUUCCUAUUGAGUGACGCGUUGUUUUGCAGUGCGGAGAUGCUAUGAGUUGGCGAAAACGGAAGGCAGAAUGUAUUUCGCAGUGCAGUUCUACGGAGAGUGUUGGGUCUCUGACGAUAAGAAUUUCAUGAAAUAUGGUCAGGCCACGAACUGUUGGGAGGGGACUGGGGAGCACUGGGCUCACUACGUUUACAAAAUACGCGAGUAAGGUAAGAAGGUACUUGUGUCUUAUCAGAGCAAGUAUGUAAUUUGAAAUAAAGAAGAUAUGAUACACAAUAGAAGGAACAGAGGGAAGGUCAGUCGUCGCCAACAGAAUUCAAAGGGUGAAUGAGGAAAAUUGACUGCUAAUUAACUGCCAGCGAAGGGGAAUCAUAAGAAUAUUACAAAACUUUAUGGGGGGGGGGAAGGGGGGAAAUCGGGUAAAUUUUAUAGUGUCACAACCAAAAUCCUCCUACUUCCCCCUCCCCCCCCCGACUAAUAUAGAUUAGUCUCUUGGUUCCAGUCCAACGAUAGGCGGUUACCCCGAAUGAAACUUUAUAUGAACAUUAUGGAUGCUUUUGUAUUAUCUUAUUCUUAGUCUCAUACCCAGAUUUUCCACGGCUAAGCGUCUAAAGUUCAGUUCAGUUACAUGGUAUGAUCUGGGUACGAGAUUAUCUUAGACUAUCUAAAAACGAUAUAAAAAAGGCAAGGGCUCUACCUAUUUUACAAGGGCUCUACCUUGUAAAAUGAUACUAAGCCAAAAUUACUUGGUAGUGGCUAGUGAAGUUAGUUAUGUACGUUUUUUGCUAAUAAUUAUUUUCACUUUGUUUUCUUGCUCUUCUUACAGGAAACAAUGAUGCCAGAUAAUUUCAGUGAUAACUCUCGAUGAUAACGACUGAAAAUAAGAAUUUUUUUUUCAUAUUCAGCAUGCUAGUGGUUUUUUUUUUUCAAACUCGGGGAUGAAAAACGUUUUAAAAGCUGUAGGUUAUUUAACUGGUUGCAAACUGAGCUGAUGUAGUCCAAAUCUAUCUUUAAAACUAGUAUAUUCUUAGAGAAAUUAAAGGUUCACUUGCUCAUGCAUGUUAAUUACGUGUGAUAGUAUUUUGGUUCUGUUUCCGAGCCAAUACGUGUCUCUGGCAAGCACAUCACUAACAUGUGCUCUCUCUCCUUUAAGCUUAGCCCAUUGUUCGAGUCAGAAGCUGAUUGCUCGCAAUCAACAAUCCUGGACAAAAUUAAUUGAAAAGUUCUUAAAAACCUCUCAUUUCGACCUACGACUCACAAUAGAGGUCUCAGUGCCCCUGAACCGAACAUACCACUGUUAAGUGUGCUCAGUCAGAGCUUUGAGUAGCACAGUACCGCUCGAUAACCAGUGGUCAAGCUGCCAAUGGCUUUGGACAUAAAAUAAUGUGAAAAACCGCUCGUUACUCGUUUUCGCGAGUCCGAGUACUAAAAUAAGUGAAUAUUCAAAAGGAAGAAAGAAAGAGAACAAAAACAAAAAAAUUAAAGAAAAACACUAACUACACAAGCUACGACACGCCCGAUUUCCCUUGUCAGUCUUGGAUAUCGAUCAUCAGAAAACAUACCUCUGGGACGUAAAAUUGGUCACUCAACCGUGCUCAGGGGGUGGGGGGUGUGGGAUGCAGGAGAAGAAGGGUAGCUGAUGGGAUCGUGAGUAGGAUUUCCUAACGGGGGGUGGGAGAGAGGCAUACCACAGCUGCGUCCUAUGAAGAAUAGAGUUUUAAAGAGUUCUUAUUCAUCCAGAAUAAAUGAGAAAUCUUAUGAAUGAUAAAACAGGUAAAUCCCUAUAUCCUAGUUGGGCGCAAGAAUGAAAUCCCUAUUCGAAAAUUCUUACCAGGUCCCCAUAACACUCAGUUUGUAUACAUUCUAGCGAUACUCGGUUCAUGUUGAGAAAGACUAGUGUGGAUUAUUCCAUGAGGAAAAUAACUCAGACUCCCUCAAAAAAUUUUCACCUAAGGUGUUUGCAUUUAGUUUAUGUAACUGUGAUUAUGAUGAGAACACGAGCUGAUAGAAGUUAUCAUCCAUCAAGAGAACAUUAGUGAACAUAAGCUGUUCGUGUUCUCUUCAUAUUGCCCCCAAUCGGGCAUAUUCCAUCCGAAGCGUCCGAAAUCACGAGGAACCGUCCUAAACUGGCGGAGCCAUCUGAAAUCAGAUAGAGAUGUAGAAAUGUUUAAUGUUUGCAAACGAAGUUUCGUUCAUGCUCUCUUAACUAUCCACUGUUGUUGAUACGAUUUACAGGCUUACCUCAUUUAAGUGGAUUCUUAACAUCCUCGGCUUCUUUGAUCUCAAAUUUCGUCAAGAUCAUUUUCUUAUAUUUGUAUUUUACAUUGAGUUUGCAUUGCACUAUUUGAGUAUGGUCCGAUCAAAUUUUUCUAUUGUUUGACUCCUUGGGACGCAAAUACAUUCUAAAGUCGAAAUCGGGCAGAGCUGUCCGAAAUCGCAGUGCACUGUUUUGACCGCGCUUGGUCAGCUCAUGCUGUAGAGGGCCGGAAUGCCAUGCGGGAGGUUGAAGGUUCAAGCCCGAGACCAGACCAACACUCAGGGUCUUAAAUUAACUGAGGAGGAUAUGCUGUCUUUGCUAUGACAUCUGUGAUUGGUUAGAUGUUCUAGUCUUCUCGGAUAAGGAAGAUAAACCUUAGGCCCCGUCUCCCGCAUCUUCUCUGUACUGGUUAGCAGGGGAUGUUAAAGAAUCGACGCACCUCUCGUAAAGAGUAGGGAAUGUAGCUCUCGGUCUGGUCUUGCACAGGCGGCCCAAGCUCCAGCUGUGCGAUGAUCAUCUUGCGAAAUGAGAGUUAUGGUGAAAUUAUAAUAGUUUAUAGGGGAAUAUUUACGAUCGCUCGUAGGACUAAAAAAAAUACUGUCAAAAUUCUCAAUAAAAAAUACCUCACCGUACUUCUACAGCGCAUCACUUGUUAUCUGACCGCUUUCUUUAUUGAAAAGAACCCAUUUUAGUGAGUUAUCCAUUUUUAGGUUUGUUACAUAAGAGAAGCCCUCUAUGCGCCGCCUGUGGGUCUUGUUGUUGUUUGUGCUUUUAUUAGUAUUUUCUACAUUGAGAGAGAUGGGGCAACAAAGGAAGAAGAAAUGGGGCUGUGCAGUUCGGGAUCGGACGAGAUUCUACGAUAAAAAUGGGAAGAAGGCUGAAAAUAAGAUGGAAGUACGUUUUAGUGACGCAAAUUUUGAAACAGAGUAGGCUUUCGCAGUGAUAGUAGCCUUACCGUCUUUUCACCGAUAAAAAUGACUAGCAUUAUAUUUCUCCUAACAUUAUCACCCCUGAAUAAAACAUGAAGGUCGUGAGAAUAAAGGAAAUGAUCGCCACCUGAAGAAGCCCUUGAUUGUUUCACAAAUUCAUUGCGUUAGUAAACGUAAAGAUAAAGGAACUGGGUAGACGGUGAGAGUGAGAGAUUCGAGGAAGUCUGGGGAGGAAAACUAGUCUCUUUAAAUAACUAAGUCACGUGUUAAUCAUGAGAUACGCUUCGUCGAUUCAAGAUGGCGGAGAACGGUGAAAUAGCACCUCUUCUCAACAAGAAAUUUGAACACUCUGGUGAAGAAUUGACCGGUUGUGGAGCCACAGUGUGCUGCGAUCCUAGAAGAGGUGUCCAUCGCUACUUUGUCCUUGGGUUGAUAUGCUUCUUGAGUUUUGGUAAGUUUGAGUCUGGAUUGCCUGUUUGAUCUGUCACGAACGUACGUGAGUUCCUUAGCUCACUGAUUAUUGCACCUUAAAAAAAUGACAAAAAAACUUCUGACAAACUCUCGAUUACAAACUGACUUCAUGCAUGAACUUUGAAAUCUGAUGAGUAGUCACAAGAGCAAAGUCCAAAUAUUUCAUGUAAUUCUUUACCCUGGGAGUCUCGAAAGCUUCUGCCUUCAGUUCAGUUCCGGCGAACACGAACAUUCCCUCAAUUUUGAAAGACACAAAUGCGCUCAGAUAGCUGUCAUUUCAGGGGGGAAGACAACAUAGUGUAGUCUUUUCACUAUUAAAACCUAGAUUCACUCGAACUGUAAUUAAAAACAGUGAUUUUUCGCCGCUUAUCGCUACCUGUUUCACUCUCUUUUAGUAACUCCUAGUAUGCUAUGCUAACUUUAUGUAAAUCUACUUUCCAUUCGUUCGUGAUGCUGUCUCACAACAGAAAUCCACAGCCGAGGUGUUUUUCCAAGAGAUGCUCUGAUCCAAGGAAUUCCCUUCUACAGAUCAAUAAAAUUCAAUAAUCUUACUUCACCUAUAUCAAUUUAAUCAAGUAAUCAAAAUAAAGUUAGCUGAUAUUUCAUUUCAUUUCAUUUUCCUUUGUCUUGAGGUGUUGAAAAUUGGGUCACCAGAGACAAACUAAUCUUAAUUAACUGUAUUUUGGACCAUUCUCUGCUUUUCCUUGAUUUAAGAAUUUGUUCUUAUUUACUAGAUAACUACCUUGGUCAGAUCAUGCAGGGGGUAAGUCCUGUGUUGACUGCCACUGUUUUACAAAGGUUUUAAAAACUGAUAUCUGGUGGUCUACCACCACUCAUAACACCUCUUACUUCCUUCUUUUUAACCCUUUAAUUCUCAUGAGUGAUCAAGUCAGAAUUUCUUGUUACGAUACCAAAACAAUAUCAAGCAGACAAGUGAUAAGAAAAUAAAUCAAUCAGAAGAAAAUAAUCAUAAGAAUUGUAUGGUGGAGAGUGAGGAGGAUUACUAACAAGAUCUGGGAGUGAAAAGGUUAACAAGAAAGCAGCCAUUACGGAAAAAGUUAUUGAAACCCCUGUAUAUAGUGACGCUAACUGAUUAUUCAACCACCUGAACACAGGUUUGCAGAAAACAUUGCUCAGGACAACUUUUACUGCUACAUUAAUUGCAUUCUUUGGUUUUCCUGUUUUCUGUCUCGUAGGAAGUUACUACUGCUAUGAUAAUCCAGCAGCAUUAGAGAAAAAUAUUGAACUGGUAAGCAGAUUUAAGUUGCAUUCACAUUUUUACCAUCUUUCUGAUGCAGUGAGGAGAACAGUUAAGGAAUGAGGUGCAAAUAGAACUCUACCUAUAGUUAUCAAUUUCAGCUGGAGAAAAGAGGCAUAAAGCUGUCAGAUAGGUUCUCUCAGAAGAGUCAAUAUCAGUUUACUUUACCCGGUUUUGCUGGCUGCAAGCAUUUUGGUCAUCAAGUUCAGAUGUGGUUGAGAGAUAAUUUAGCUAUAUACCACGCUGAAUACACCCUGCAGUCUACUUCUUGGAACAAUUUUCUUAUGUCAAGAAGUGAACAAACUCUAUUAGGAUACUGGAAAAUACAGUCUCAAAAACAAUCAAAACUUCCAAAGUAUACAAAAAAUUUUGUAUGGUGCAACAAAAUUUGCACAGUUGGUCCUGAAUUAGGGGAUCACCCACAGGGUAUGGUGAGAUGACUGCUUAACUUCAGGUUCCAAAGAUUAGGGAUAAUACAAAAAACAAUAAACAACGCAACACCACUUUAUGCGAUAAUUGACCACUUAAUGUUCAGAAUUUCAGUCAAAAAUACUACUUACUUUGAUUUUGGGGAACAUGAGAGAAGUGCAGAGAAGCAUGAGCCAAGUGUUCUUAAAAAUUCCUAAGUGCUUAUAUAAGUCAACAAUGCUCAAGGAACAAGUUUUUUUAUUUCAUUUAUUAAAUGUAUUGUGAAUUGCACACGCUCAUACUGAUGAUGUAGGCUGCAUGCAUUAUAUCUCAACAGUACACUUGUGUGACAUACGGCAUGUGCUUUAUGGAAUUAUAACGAACUCGUUCUGACCAAUCACAGUGUGCACAUUUCUCUGAACAUUUUAUAAUGUACAAUACAGUGGAUUGUGAUUUCCUUUUUGCUUGCAGGACAUGAAUGUUUCCACACAAAAAUAUGUGUUGUUAUACUCGCUCUAUUCAUACCCAAAUGUAGUGUUGUGUUUCUUUGGUGGAUUUCUUCUGGACAGAGUCUUUGGUGUGAGGUAAAAUUUUUUUCUAUCUUAAAUAACAUUAGGGAUUAUUUCACCAAAUCUUUUCCACUUCAGAGCUCUUUCAACAGUUAGAACUCUUUAAUGGAGGUUUAUGUUAUGGACAGGAAUGACUGGUUGUGUUAUGUGCUCUGAAUCUCUUAUGGUUUACAUGAUGAGGUCUCUGUUUUGUGGAGAUAUGUAUAAAUUGUGUAUGUUUCUGUUGUAAGUCUUAUUAAUUAAUAAUUUUUUAUUUAUUUUUGUUAGGCUUGGCACCAUUAUCUUCAGUUUAUUUGUCUUAAGUGGUCAGGUGAGGCUUUUUUUCAAUUUAUAUACAUUGAUGUCAUAUUUUAGGUAAGGUUUUGUUAUUGACCCUUCCACCCCCAAGAUCUUAUCAGUAAUUCUCCUUACUAUCUGCAUACAAUUCUUAUGAUAUUGGUUUGGAGAAUUUUGUACUGGAUCAACUAAUAAUCCCCAAAUUGAUAGUUUCCUUCAUUCUCAUUGCUUUUCUGCUUGAUAUUGUAUUGAUAUUGUAAGGAGAAAUUUUUUAAUGGCCACUAAUGGCAGUUGAAGGGUUAAUACUAUUUUUUGCAAAGACCGACAUAAUUUUCUACAGGAUUUGUUUCCUUUAAAAUAGGAUAUUAGAUUUUCUAGGGUGUAACAACAGCUGACCUUGGGAACCUUUUUAAUAUCAACCAAAAAUUAAAGGGCAGUUGAUUGUGUUUCAAUGUUAACCCUUUACACCUUAUAUUAGUAUGAAUAUUCUCCAUACUGUUCUCCAUACACUGUGAAUGGUACUGACAAGGAGAAUUUAUUUAACAAUCAAGAUCUUCUUGAGUAGUUGGUCAUUUACUGUUCUCUCAUAGCUUCAAUGUUUGAUUUGGCAGUGAUAAUGUACAGAGAAAUUAAAUACUGGUCACUCUAAGAGGUGAAAAGGUUAAGUCAUAAGUAGCUUAAUCAAAAGGAUAUCAAGUGGUUUUGACUUUCAGUAGCUAUUGUGGAUAAUUGUAUCUAGAAACAAAGCUUGGCAUAUUACAUGCAUGUAUAGUGGUUCAGUGACAGAGGUAUUUACUGCAGAACAAAUCACAAAAUGUAGUUUGAUUGGAUUUCUGAUGCUAAAUGCUGUGUUUCUUUUUCUACUCUUUCAGAUUGUGUUUUCUCUGGGAGCUUACAUCCACAGUUUUACAGUUAUGGAGGUGGGCAGGUUUAUAUUUGGGUAAGUACAAUGUACAGUUCUAUGUUUCGUUGUCUGGCUAUUCGAUGAAAAUGGGUUAUGGAGGUCAAAUAAUCAGUUAUCAUGGAUUAGUAGCUGGUAGUACAUUGUACUUUGUAUUUUAAGGUCAUGAAUGAUUUCUGUUCAGUAAAUAUGGCCUUGUCAGGCUGUCCUGUCCUUAAAUGGAGGAGAUCAGUUGUUAGAACAGGUAGUUCUGUCCAAACUGCAUUCAGCAACAAAAUUUUUAUAAGUGAGAUCACAAUAGUGUGGUAUAGUUUACCAAUUUUAUCCCCCAAGCCCCUGUGUAAUGUUGUUCUUUGUUUCCUGUGAUUGAACAACUUUGAAAGGGGGCUGUAACUGCCAGUCAGCUUUAAAGCAUGGCUUUCAUGAGCAAUGCAAGCUCGAGUGCAAGUGCAAACUCAAGGUUAAUAGCUCUUAUUUCACAGUUAUAAGGGGUUUACACAAGCACAAGCACAAGGGCAAGCUCAAGAAAAAGGAAAAAACAUGAUCCUUGUGCCUGGGCUUGUGUUUGUGCUUGCAUUGAGGCCAUUUUUAUGGUAAAAUAAGAGUGGUACUGUUAUGCUUGUGUGGUGGUUGUGAAAACCAUGUUUGAUACUCCUAAUUGGACUACCUGAUCUAGUUACUGUUAUGAUGCUUUGGACAUUGCUGAUCCUUGCAGAAUGCUGCAUGCAUGUCACACACAUGUAUGACCCUAUUAGUGGCCUACAGCAUAAGUCACCUUUCUCUGUGGCUCAGUAGUAGGAAUGGAGUGUCUAAUGUGAAGGUCUUGGGUUCAAUUCCUGUGAGGAUUAAACUUUUUUUUCUGUGUCUCACACUUGUGACAAGACAAACAACAGUUUACUUACAAAAUCUGUGUGAGGUUUGAAUGCUCAAUAUCACAAACAUGGUGCAAAAUAAUUUUAAUUUAUAUGAUGUUAAAAAAUCUUAAGGGCUUAGAACUUGCUACCUUACAUUCACCCAUAAGGACAGGACCUAAAAGAAAUAGGCUUUCCUUUAGCACCUGAAUAACUCCAUAUUAGUUUUUUUUUUCGUUUGCAAGAUAGGAGAAAUGUUUCCCUUAGCAUGCCUUUUCAGUUAAAGCCUUUUUUAAUUUUAAUAUUUAUAGUACAUUAACUUAUACAUGUUUACUCUCCCUCAGGCUUGGAGGAGAAAAUUUGGCAGUGGCCCAGAACACUUACUCUGUGAACUGGUUCAAAGGGAAGGAGUUGAAUAUGGUGUUUGGACUUCAGCUAAGCUUUUCAAGAGUGGUAUGUGUUAUUGAUUCAUAAAGCAUUUUGCAACUUUUUUGAAUGUGGUCUUUUUUAUACUUAAAGCAAGCAAUUAACAUUAGUGGAAUCCUUAGUGAGCUGAACUCUUGGUUGAGUGUCACUCCCAAGAUCUCAUUUAUUAAUUCUCAUUACUGUUAAUUGCCAUUUUAUUCUUAUGAUAUUAGUUCAAAUAAUUUAGUAUUGGAUCAACUGAUAAUCCCCUAAUUGAUAUUUGCUUUUUAUCUUAUCACUUGUAUACUGGAUAUUAUAUAGAUAUUGAAAGAAGAAAUUGUCUUGGUCACUCAUGGAAGUUUAAGGGUUUAUCCUGGGCUACUUGGAUUUGGAUUUGUUUGGGCCAGGGUGGUACCUUCAUGUAACCUGCACAGUGCCUCUUCCUGAUAGUAAAGAUUGAGAUUUCUGACAAUUUUUGGGGAAAUUUUAUUCAAUUUAAAUUCCAGCAAAAAAAGAUAUUGCCAUUAAUUAUACUUAAGCCACAAGAUGAGUCAUUCAACAAAGAGAGAUGGAGUCUCUAUAUUCAAAUUAAAAUGAUGGCUAAACAGUGAUGUAGAAGACAUGCCUUGCUUACCAGACUCUAGAUGGAAAGUUCUAAGACUGACUUACAUCUAAUUUCUCUUUACAAUAUCCCACCUGGAUAAAACAUUAAGGUCACAAGAGUAAAGGAAAUGAUGGGAAACUAUAAAAGCUCUUGAUUGUUGAUCAAAUUCUCCUCGUCAGAACCUGAGGAAAUGUAUAGAGAAUAGUAUGGAGAAUAUGCAUACUGAUGUUAAAGUGUAAAGGGUAAAUGUUCUUUAUAGUACUCAAGCACACCUUAAACCCUUUAACUUUCAAGAUCUUAUUACUGAUUCUCCUUACUGUCUGCCAUACAAUUCUUAUGAUGUAGAUUUGGAGAAUUUGGUAUUGGAUCAAUGAAUAAUCCGCCAAUUGAUAUUUUACUGUAUCCUCAUCUCUUCUAUGCUUGAUAUUAUAUUAAUAUUGUAAGGAGAAAUUCUCUCUUAGUCACUCAUGGGAGGUAAAGGGCUAAUGUUGUUUGAUUGAAUAGUUUAGUAAUAGAGUCAAUGUUCUUGUGCAUAAAUUAUGUGUUUUGGGGUUGACUCAGAGUCAUUUUAACCUGAGCUGCUAGGCGUUGGUUAAAGUAACUCUGAGAGGAGCACAAAGCAUAUUUAUGCAGUAUAUCUCUUUUUUAUUUUCAAUGUAUGUUUUCUUUUAGGGAAGCACAAUUAACAUGAAUGUAAACAACCCAAUUUAUAAGUCAUUUUCAAAUCAUGUCCCAGCAUCAAAGAGCUACCAGGCUCUAGGAAUGACCUUGUUUGUUGGUAAGUGCAAAGAUAUGUUUGUUAGUAAGUACAAAUAUAUGUUACCAAAAUUUCAGAAGUAUCUAUCCCUACUAGAGGCAAUUAUGUCAGUAAAGUGUAAAUGAAUGCUGGGUCCACUUGAUUUGGUCUUAGAUCAGUAAUAUGUUCAUUAAUUUAAAAUGCUUUGAGGGUUGCUUUUGUUUUUGUUGUUGUUUUUUUAAAAUUGUAUUCAAAACUAUCACAGAAUUGAAAUAGUUUGGUAGGAGCGACAAACAACACAAAGUUUACUCAGCUGACUUGACAGUGUAAAUUGGUAAAGGUAAAGAAAUUCAAAAGCUGGUGUUUUGAGCAUUUUGCUUUAUCAGAGCAACUCAAGGAAUUGUGUUCCAUUAAAUUUAGUGUUUCAUAACAACUUCUAAAAAAAUGAAUGGCAUAUCUUACUACAAAAAAUAAUAUUAUUAUUGUGAGUAAUAAUAAGUCACUCGCUUACUUCAUGGAAAACUUUUCUGUUUUCUUAUCAGGAGCUGGUGUUUGCAUGUUUUCUCUUGUCUGUGGUUUGGUACUGGGUUUUCUGGACAAGAGAGCAGCUCGCAUUCUGAAGAAAGAAGAUAGUCAAACAGGUAUGUCAUUAGGUCAAUCAUGAUACAAUAUUUUAUGCUUGUACCUGUUCAUGUAUUGGUGACCUCUUGGUCAUAUGCUGCUCCUUAGGAAGUAAAAAUUUUUGUCAAAAUUGUGCCAAUUUGUGACAUCACUUUGAUUAUAAAAGCUUAAUCGAAUGUCCUUAGUCUCAUCAGGAAUUAACGAGUUCCAGGAAAGAAAAUCUUAAUUAAAAUUUUUAGAUUUGUGCAAAAUAGUAUACAGGAGCUGUUUGACUAGUCAAUUUUGUUGUAAAAAUUUUUUUUACUUUUUAAGAUACAUACAAUUUGCAACUUUUUCUCUUGCAGGUGAAGUCAUUCGUUUGUCAGAUGUCAAAGACUUUCCCCUUAAUUUGUGGCUAAUAUUUAUUAUCUGUGUUGCCUACUAUGUGGCUAUUUUUCCAUUUAUAGCACUUGGCCUGUAAGUAACUUUUUUCAUCUGUAAUGAAUAAACACUUCUUCAAAACAGACCAACUUUAAAUUCUACUUCAUGAAGAAACAACUGUCCCAGCAAGAAAUUACCUGAUACUGAAAUUAUGCACCUUUACACCACAAUGCAUAUUCUCCAUACUGUUCUCUAGACAUUUUCCUGGUGGUUGUAAUGAGAAUUUGGGAAACAAUCCAGAGCUUCUUCUCUCUCUUGGGGUUGAUAAAAGGGUUAAAAGUCUUAUAUUGUUCAUGUGCAAUUAUGGGAAUAAUUGUCCUCGUAGAACUGCUUUGUAACUCACAAUUGUAGAAAAUUUAAAAUUUUCUAUUUUUAUUUCUUUAGUGCAUUUUUUGAGGCAAAGUUUGACUUGAAUCCCACCAAAGCAGGAGCAGUUAACAGGUACACAAAAAUGAGCUUCCCUUUCAGCACCCCAAUAUACUGGUAAUGACCCUUAUGUAGCACACCGUGUGCUGGAGCUGAAUUACAUUUUAAGCUUUAUACACCAUGGUGCUACCUGAAGCUCAAUUUUCAAAUAUUUACCCCCUUUCUCAAGAUAGAGUCUUAACUUUAUCAAACCCCCCCCUCCCCUACUAAGGAGAAAAGUGACAAAAAUAGUAGAACUUCAGAUGAACUUGCUCAUUACUGUGUGACUAGUAAAUUACUUAGAGACAAUUUCCAACAUCAUUAUAAUCAUUGUGAUCAGAAAACAGUUUCCUGGAUUGUGAUUGUGAGUUUAAAAACUCCUAUUUUCCACUAAUUCACUUGUCAAGUUGUUAUCAGACAGUUGCAGUUUAAAUUAAACCAGUCACAUUCAAAAUUGUAGUUUAAAUCAAACAGUCACAAGCUCUGUCCUGGAUGUUCUUCUUUUCUUGGAAACUGUAAUUUUUAUGAUUGAUUGGUAACAAGACUUCGUAUUGUUCAAUUCAGUCUGUAAUCAUAUUCGUGAUAAACAAAUGGGACUUCCGCUGAGCGGUCAUCCGAUUUUGUUAUCACUCAUAUGAUUACAGACUCCACUCAGUCCUAUUACCAUUACUUAUUUUAUAUAUAUAUGUUUAUUUAUUUAUUCAUAUUCAACUUUUUUUUUUAUAUUUUACUUCUUGUUUGCAGUGUGGUGUUUAUCAUUUCCGCCUGUGCCUCUCCAUUCUUGGGCUUUAUGGUGGAUAGAGUUGGAAAGAAUAUCUUCUGGGGUGAGUUUGUUGCACAUUCAAUCAACUUAGCAGGUUGUUGUCUUAUUUUUGGUAAGGAACAAUAAUCUACCAAAGUGGAGGUAAAUUAGUAUCGGAGCAAUGGUCAACUGAGUGUCGAAAGUUUUCCUUAACUUUGCUCAUUUAUUGGUCCAGAAAACUUGCACCACUCUCUUAACCAAUCAAAUGCAAAACCAUAACCAAUCACGAUUUGGUCGUUGGCGUUUUCCCGCGCUUUCAUGCAGUUUGGUUAGUUUUACUUUGAGUUCUCAUUGGCUUCUCUUCUGAUUGGCCAUUGGAAUUAUUUUUUCUGUUGGUUUUACAACACUCGAUCGAAAAGUGCUCUAACCUCGCGGCUUGGCAGCUUAGCAGCUUAGUGGUUUAGUAAAACCAACACGUUGGUGAGUAAAUGUUGUAGUGCAUGCCUCAAAAAAAUUAAUUCAUUUUUUAAAUGCUCAGACUGGUUUGAAGAAUCUUAGACCAGGAAAAAAAAUAACCGUCACAUUAGCAACUCAUUCUUUCUUCCAUUUGGUCUCGCUAAAAACUGAAAAAGGAAAAAAGUAAAACUCUUAAGAUUCAUCUACGUCAGACCUAAAUAUUCUCUCACCAUUUUUGCGUUAUAGUAAUUUUAUCAGUGGCUGUAACCCUUGGCUGCCAUUGCUUGAUGGCUUUCACUUUUUGUAAUCCAUUUGUCGCUAUGGUAAGUAAGAUCUCAGUAGUAAUUCUCCUGACUGUUUGCCAUACAAUUAUUAUGAUGUUAGUUCAAUGAAUUUGGUAUUGGAUCUACCAACAAUCCCCUAGUGGCUAUUUUUCUUUAUUCUCAUUACUUUUCUGCUUGAUAUUGUAUUGAUAUUGUAAGGAGAAAUUCUGUCUUGGUCACUCAUAGGAGUUACCCCAAGUGAUCCACUGAUUUAAUUCCUCGUAAUAAAAAAAUGUAUCGCCCAGAAUCUCAAGAAAAUAUGCGAGUGUCUCGAAACUCGAUCCUUGAAAAUGGAAUCUCGAAAUGAUAGUCUUGUCACUCGAUCAACUGUCAAUUGACAUUUGACUUUGACUUAUAGACAGAAAGCAUUUUGACCUCAGCCCUCCGAAAAUUUUUUUUGGAGGCAUAACUCGAACUGAUAUUUGGAGCAAUUUUGAAUUGAGUGUCAAAAGCUAUCCGAGAUUCUAUUGGUUUUGCUUUUCUUCGCUCUGUGAUUGGUCUAGAAAACUCACGCCACUCUCUCAACCAAUCAAAUGCAAAACCAAAACCAAUCACGACCAAGAAAGGAUCCUCUCCUGUCACGACUUAGUCACCCGCGUUUUCCCGCGCUUUUGGCACUUGGCUUGUUUUAACUUCGAGUUCUCAUUGGUUCUCGAAGGGUUCUUCUCAUGGGACCGUUAUGAUUAUUUUGGUUUCGGUUUUACAUCAGUCAAUCGAAAAGCGCUCUAAAUUGCAUAGAAAAUGCUUUUCAUGGACGCAUGUUUUUUGUGUGUGUUUUGCAGAGUAUACUGGGUGUGGCUUACUCCAUGUUGGCCUGUGCUCUGUGGCCACUUGUUGCUUUAGUUGUCCCUGAACAUCAGUUGGGUACUGCCUAUGGAUUGUAAGUAUACCAAAUGUUUGCUGUUUUUUAAGAAGGCGAAGUGGCGGCUGCAGCCAUCCUGCAAAGUUGUGAAGAUUCUCCUUCUACUUUACGUUUUGUGUUUGUUUUCCAACCCCCGCAGAAAACCAGAAAAACAAUCGAUUUUAAGUUAUCUAAAUUGGCAGGAUCUGUUUUGCUUAAAGAAAUUUUAUGAAAUGUUAUUAGAUUCUCCAACUCACAGCAUUUGUCAGAUAGGUUUGCAGGAUAGUGCUUUGGCAUUAAGUGAAGAAAUGUUUGAUGCCUCUUUCUGUUCACUGAUUUCUCGAACCUCGAAAAGUUCUUAUCGACUAGCGAGGGUCCAGAAUCGAAAAAAAAAAGACUAGGUCAUCAUUACCUAUGUCUUGUACUCGCAAUGUGUAGUGCGUAACUCGAGAUUUUUUGUCUAGAAUCUAUUCUUUUGACUUGUACUGAUCUCUAUAUUCGUGAGUAACCCGAUCCUCGACUCGAGUCGAUUUGAUUCGAUAAUUUAAUCCCGAUACUUGCUUCGAUACGUGUCGAGUAUUUACCGAGAUGGAAUCCUUUGACUGGAUUCUCGUUAAUUCCGUAUCGAUUUAUUGAGUGUCGAGUUGUGAGUCAGGAUACUCAACUUGAAAGGGACUGUCACCUUUCGUGCAGUCAAUGUUGUGGACACCUCACGCAAGUUCUUGUUUCAAACUAUUCUUUCAGCAUGCAGUCUAUUCAGAAUCUGGGACUUGCAGUUAUUUCACAAGUAGCUGGAACAAUUGUAGACCUUAAAGGAUAUUUAGUAUUGGAAGUGUUUUUCUGCGCCUGGUUGUGCAGUAAGUAUUCGCUCUUACAUGGUCUGAAAUUUCCAUAAUCUUUAGUGAAAUCCUCUUUUGCGCAACACUUAGCAUACCGAGAACGGCAAAUCACUCCAACUAGUGGCAUCUUUUAGGAUUUUUCCCAAAAUAGAUACUCCAUUUGUAGGUUAUCAGCUUAUAUACGGAAGUUUGACCUUACAUGGAAAAUGAUUAAAUAAUAUUUUCUGAUUGUUCUCACAGUUGCCUUGAUUGCCAGCAUUCUGCUCUACUUGGUUGAUGCCUCCAGAGGUUUGUUUGAUUUUAAUGAUUUCUUUUCAUGAAUUUUCUAUUUUUUCCUCUUUUGAGUUUUGCGAAACCUUUAUGUUGAGAAAAAGAUGUAUGAGGAACCUUACAAGCUACUUUGGUCGAAAUCUAUGACCGGCGAAAAUGAUGAGGAAAAUUUUUAUGUUUUGCCCUUCAACCUUUGUUUCUUUCUCUAUGAAAAGGGACAGGCCUAAACCUCUCCACCCUAGAAAGAAAGAAAUUAGCAGCUCAAAGCAGAGUCACACUGUAAGUAUGUCAAAAGAAAGUACAGUAGAACCCAGCUUCCUCGAACUCGGUUAACUCGAACUCCACGCUAGCUCGAACAAGAUCCAAUUUGACCCCAUUUUCCCAGUCAUCUACUAUAAGCUUACUCGAAUUCGAUUUACUCGAACUAAUGUUACUUUCUCGUGGCAUAAAUUUGCCCUUCUAACAAGAACUUAAAAGAAAAAAAUCGGUCGAUAAACGUUAUUAUGUCAGAGCAUAGUUCACUAGUACGUCCCAACCUUUAAUCGCGAUUGAUAUGGAGGUGAUCAAAUUUAAGAUAACUUGGUACAUUUAUCUUAACUUCCCAAUUAUAUUUUCUGGUAGAAAAGGGGUUUUUUUUUUUUUACAUAAACGUUUCAAUUGUUUAUUAUGUGUUGUCUCAUGUAGUAUUUCGUCAGAAGAGGAAGACAUUCACAAGAGAGACUAUAAUGUGAGUCCAAUCACUCCUCGCUCUGCAGCUCAGCUGCGGUUGCGCUUUUUGUCGCGAGUAGGCCAACAGGUAAGGUUGAUUCUCUUCAUUUUACAUCGGCACCCAAAGUGCACAUAUAAUAAUUUUCACUCGCUACGGCAUUCUACAUUGAAUACACCUUAUCCAUAGGUUAACAGAUAAUACGCGCGGAUAUUUUGCGAGUUACGUAGAAUUUUUCCGCUCGUAUUGUAUGUUAAAUCAUCGAAUAAGAGAAUUAUUAUUUCACUUUACUUCAUUUUCUAGUACUUUGGCAUCUAGUUUUCAAAAUACAUCCCAUAGCCUUGUUUAAGCACCGUAUUGAUCGCAUGAGACACGCGUAAAAGACGAAAACAACACAAGCGAAACCAUUGAAGUGUUUUUAUAUGACCAACAAAAAACUUUGAUGCGAUUGAAAAUUCGUUGCACGUUUCGAUGCCCUAAUAUGACUGAAUGGCGUAAUAGUGGAAUAAUAUGCUAGAUUAUACACGCAUUUUAUUGACGGUGAAGGCAGUAUUUUCCCGACGCAUACAACGACUCAACGAUCCUAAUGUAGUACCUGGCCCUCUAGAAAAGAGGUAACCGGUUUAGGAAGAGCGUGUUAGAAGAACAAUGCAAAGAAACUCAUAGACAACCAACUAUUGCUUUGUUUAAUUUCGAGGUUUAUUUUUUUUUAAUUUUGAUCCAUAGUACUUCCAGCUACCAGAGACCUACAGAGCUUCGGCACUGGCUUAUCCUCAUGUACUUAAGUGAUCAGUCACCUACUUUCAGUGCAAGAAUGAGCUCCUCACAGGCGGUGUCAAUUUGAAGGACUGGGGUACAAUAUUUGAGGCGAAAGAUGCGUUACCAUGUUAUUUUGAUGGUGGAUCUCGUAUUAGUUUGCCAGAUUCAUUCUCAUGCAAGCUUUAGAAUGAUUUAGAAUUAUAUCGGCGAGAUAUACGCAAGUAACUUCCAUAAUUAUUUAGUUAAAGGAGAUUCAUUUUAGAAAUUUAUACCUAUUUCCCUAUUUUUUUUUUUCGGUUUUUAUCAAAGGUUAUUUUGUAUCGUUUGGGCUAGUUUAAAUUUUUUGCUGAAUUGCAAGACGGAAUCACCCUAAAUAACAAAUGUAUCGUUACCUAAUUCAAUAAUGUGACGCAGAAUCCUUAAUUUGAUGCAAUAGACCUUCAAAGUGCAAUUAUUUGUAUUGAUUAGCGCAAUUUUUUAAUGAAUUGUCGAAAGUCAGCCAGGAUUGCAUUCGCUUUGCCUUGAUUGGUCUAGAAAACUCGCGUCACUUUCUUAACCAAUCAGAUGCAAAACUGAAACCGAUCACGACAUGGUCGCUCGCGUUUUCCCGCGCUUUGUAAUUAGGAAUUAUUGUAACUAC